AACAGUUUUGCCAAUUGCAAACAUCUAAAACGACCACAUCCACCGUACUUGGACGGUUUUCUUGAGCAUCGUUCCGGACUUUAAACAGAGACCUUUACCGACUGGGACAGCUCCUUUUUCCCUUCUUCUUCCUGUUUUUUCAACUAAAUUGCUCUUAGUUUCAGCAAACGACUGGGAAACAACUGCGUUGGCGGAUUGGUGAAUACUGUAACAUUUAACACCAAAAGCUAUUUCGAAGGUUUGGGUAUCUGAGAACCCUGAAAGCUUUUUUCGGGUGCUUAUAACUGGAAAUGGCUUCUCAAAUGGUACUGAAUCAUCCAACAGCAUCAAGUUUAACGAACUCUGUGACACAACACGAAGCUGCCGAAAUUGACCACGAUUCCGAGAGACGAACUUCGUCACCUUAUUCCAGAAGAGUGUCGGGCCGGUCUAUUGACAGUGGUGUUCGGGGGGGUCUUGUCCGUGACGGAGGGUUUGAGGAUAUUCGAGAAGGUUGUCCUUUACAGUGCACUGAACACCAUCAGUGUUUGUCUUCAGUGACGGAAGGUCGUCACGGAACCGGAAUUUACGGCGACGGCAGCGGCAGCGGCGGUGUGAGUAGCAACAAAAGUAACGGUUAUCUUAACGUCAUUGGUAAAGACAUCAGGACACCUGUUUCUGCUGCGGCUUGGCGGUCUCAGGAUUCUCUCGGACACCGCUCUCGGAGCUCUCUUCCUCAUAAUGCGAGUGCUCUGCAUUCGACGGCUGACUUUCCGAGAAAGCGUAACUACAGCUUUGGCGGAACGCCGGCGUCCGCGAAUGCACUGCAUUCUCAUCGUGGUCUCUCCACCUUGACACACUCAUGGACAUUCCAGCCUGGUGUCGACGACGUGGAUUCUUACAACGACAACUUUGACGAAGUGCAGCUUCAAUGGAAACGUCUUCAGGAAUGGGGCGAGGUGAAGGAAACGAAGAAGAUUCGCAAGCGUUUCGACAAGCAAUCUGGUCGCAAAGUUAUUAACCAUUACGAAAUACUUCGUGAAAUUGGUCGUGGUAUGCACGGAAAAGUGAAACUCGGACGCGACGUGGAAACUGGCGAGCAUGUUGCCAUCAAAAUCAUUGAAAAAAUUGAGCCUCGGCCCAAAUUAGGUCAUUUACACUCGUCGAGCCAGCGGGAUAAAGUGCACCGUGAAAUUGCUAUUCUGAAAAAGUGCAAGCAUCCGAAUGUUGUUCGUUUACGCGAGGUGAUUGAUGAUCCGGCGUCGACGAAGGUGUACCUUGUAUUGGAGUACAUGAGCGGCGGUGAGUUGCAGUGGACGAGUUUUGGUGAGCCUGUACUUUCUGUUGAUGAAGCGCGAAAGGCAUUCCGGGACGUCGUUCUCGGUUUGGAGUACUUGCAUUACCAAGGCAUUAUUCAUCGGGACAUUAAGCCCGCCAAUCUUCUAUUAAACUCUGUUCAUUGUGUCAAGAUUUCUGAUUUUGGUGUCUCGUUUAUCGCUAGUCAAGGCAUGAGCGAGGAUAGCGAUGUCGAACUGGCGAAAACCGUUGGCACUCCUGCCUUUUUUGCUCCAGAGCUGUGCUGGACAGACAUUGAUCGUCCGAGACCCAAGAUUACCGAAGCGAUUGAUGUCUGGGCAUUGGGCGCUACGUUGUACUGCUUGCUGUUUGGCCGCUGCCCCUUCGAGGCAGACGUGGAGUUUGAGCUGUUUGACCGGAUUGUUAAUCAGGAGCUCGAAAUUCCAGCAGAGCCUGAUAUUGGUGAUGAUGGCCGGGAUUUGUUGAGUCGUCUACUCGCAAAAGAUCCCAAGGACCGUAUUACCUUGGCAGAGGCAAAAAGGCAUUCGUGGACUUUGCGCCGCCUUAAAGAUCCCAAAACAUGGGUGGAUUCAACGGAUCCGAAGGCACUGGACCGCGUAAAAGUGUCAUCAAAAGAUGUUGCCUCCGCCAUCAGCAUCGUGGAGCGCAUUCGUCGUAAACUCGGCAAGUUGUUUCAUUUCACUCGCAAGAGUUUGACGCAAACCGUUACUCCAAAUCAAAGCGACAAUCGCGUCCCUGCCGGCGAUGCUGUGUUCCGUUCUCAUAGCGCCAAAGAGCCGACACGGGCUAACCAAGCAUCCGAUGCACAUGAUGUUACCUCUGAACUUACUUCCCAUUUUAGCGAUAUGUCUUUGGGCGGUGCGGCUCGAAUGCCUAACGCUUUUUCUAACACCCCGCCCACCGCUCAUUUUGACCAGCGCUCAUACAGUUACGACUUUUACUGUGAUGAUGAUGACGACGACGACGAUAGCAGCUGGGACGAGGAAGGCGAUUCGUGCAACUUUUCCUUGUACGAUGAAAACAAUCAAACAGAUUCGGCUAAUGAUGACAGUGUCUUAUGGAUUGACACGUCUCGCAUGCAAUCGUCGCCCGUCCUACACAAUUAUGCUUAUCCUUCCGAGACAUCUGACCAAAAUGGACUUGACUCGGCAGAUGCGCUUGUUUUUACACCUAAACAUAACGAGACUAAAGCGCCCGUUGUUGAGCAACAGACAUCCAACUCCGUUACCCCUUCACCUUCCCAAGUGCCGUCGCCUUCUUCGCUUGACGCUCCAACGUACUAAACUCUCCCAGAAUGAUGUUACUUCAUCGUCCCUUUUUCAUAACGUCUCAUGUGUGAUUCCGCAGCAUACAGUGUUUCCUUCAUUUUCUUCUCACGCAUACGACCUGUUGCUUUGAGAUUGCUUAUUCCUAAGCUGCACUCACUCUAGUUUGUUCCUCUGUGAAUACACUGGGUUUUGUCUCUCUGCGAAGACGCUUGUAUGUUUUAAUCUUUCCUUCACUCGUCGAUAUCUUGUUUUCGAAAACUUUCACAUUCUUUUACAAUCACGUUCUGUUUCUCUUCUUUUUAUGACUUUUAUCUUGGGUAUCUCCACGCGCAUCAACAAUGGCAUACACAUGAGAUUCCAUGUCUUCCCUUUCUGGAUAUUAUUGUAUCGCUGUUGUUACUACUAAUCCUGUUUCUUCCCUCUUGACUGUAUUUCCGGCUUGCUGACUCCGCUGACUCCCCUUUUUGAAUAAAAGAAUCCUAAAAAUGAAAAACACAAGCAUCACUCUCUUUUAACGAUAUUUAUCUCUCUAGUUUGUUCUUGGAAAGGAUUUUUAAAGUCAUGUGCCGUAUUAAUGUGCAUUUGCUUACCGCGGAAUGCCAGGGCUCUUAUUUACAUGCUUGGCUCUCUUGACGAAGAUAAACUAAGUGUGUUUGAUGGUAUUCCUGUGGGUCAUUUUUUUAAAAAAAAAAGAAAAAGCAAUUAAUGAAUCCGAACAUUAAGUUUACUGAUCAUUUUGUCACCUGUGGGAGUUCAAGCAUUUGCUGUGUCCAUGGAAAACAUCUUCCAUUUCGUUGUUAUACUCGUUUGUAAUAGCCUUUACAUUCUCUCACAUCACAUUCGCUCGUUCUUUUUAUUAUUACUGUGUAAAAGAUCACACUGUCUAUUUUUCGCCUUUCCUUUAUUUUUUGCAUCUUUUUAGUUUUCGAUUGCUAGCAGAAAGUUCUCAUCGUCUUCAGGUUCGGAUGAAUUGACAUGCUCGUCGACUUCUUCAAACCAAACGUGAUUACCAUAAGAAAUACAUAGCUCCUCAUCAGAUUGAAUGUCGCGAAUUGUGUAGUAUCGAAUAACCUGGGCAUCCUCGUCUUUUAUCCAGCAAACAUUGGGAUUGCGUGAAUGAUUAAAUAAGCUUCCCAAUCCCAGUGCGAGAGCUUGGUUUUUUCCUUUCCAAAAGUACGUAAAUUCAUUUAGAACGGUGUAUUGACCGUGUUUUGCGUAUUCAUCUUCGCUAAAUACGAUAACCGGACUUAUUUCGAUACAUUGCUGACAUGGUAUUUUUGCAAGUGUAAACACGCCGCGACCUUUUCCGGGAACGAUACGAACCUGUUUUGUAAUCAAGGGUUAGUCGACGAUAGUUUGGAGCCCGUAUUUUCAAUUUCUGGUAAUACAUCUUAUAAUAAUAUAAUCAGGCCCUAUACAUGUGAACUAACUACCGUGACGUACCUCUAACGCAUUCCUUAGCACUGGGAUGACAUCCAUUUGUUUGGAUACCGAAGAAUUCUCAGAAAGAGCUACAAAUGUAACUUUUAGUCGUUUCCUAGUGGAAUAACAUCCCACUAAAGCCCCCAUUAGUAUCCCACUAACAUGAAGAGUGGGGUAGAAACACAACACCAGGAUUUGCUGUCACAAGGUUGAGCCCGCAAACAGCCCGAACCUGUGUUUUGACCAUUGCAGUGAAGCAAAACUCCAAACAGACAACGCUAUAGGAUUUACUGGACGAACGCCGA